ACAUUCCUUUAAUCUUCCGUGUACGGAAGGUUGCCAUGGGAAUGAAGCUUUAUACACACCAGAGAGUUACCUGCCUGCUCCAGGGCAGAUGUUUCAUCCGGGGCCUGGUGUCCCCUGGUGCCUACCUCCACCUACUGACCUAUCAAGCCGCAUGGCCCUGAACCCCAUCAGUGGCAACAUGGAUUUGAGCCGACGUUCCAAGGCCCCACCCGUGGGAGGUCAGCCCAAUUCUUCCGCUCAUGUUUCAGUCUGGCCCGCCCGAGGGUUUUUCUUCUCGCCCCUUUCCGAGCAGCAGCUCCAGAAAGAGGCCGCCGAAGCCUUGAUGGUGUUAAGAAACGCCCCCCAGGCUAGCCCCAUGCUUGCCCCUUCCGGCCUCCUGCCCCCUGCCAACACCAUCUCUGCCCUCAUGGCCCCCCCGAGUUUCUCCCACCCACUGGAAGCCAUUCCCAACCCUGCCAUUCCCAGUCCUUUCCAGCCGCAUCCCUCGUACUUCCUGCCUCCUUACGUUCCUCAGGACGUCAGGGCCUCUAGGGACAUAGCCAUGAAGCGAGCCCACGUGCACCCGGAAUCAGCCAAUGCCCACCCCGAACAGGUUCCGGGACCCUUCUUCGUUCCACUCUUCCAUGGUAGCCCUCAUCCCCAGCAAUACAAAAACAUCCGCCUCUUCUCGGUCGCUCCAUCUCGGGGGGCUCAGGUAGCGACUUCUCUAAUGGUUUCCAGCAUCCAGCCCGUCAAACCGAGCCUCGGGGCGGCUUCCAGUUACAGCCACUACCAUUUUGCCCCAAACUUGAGAACUUUCCACAGCACCUCGGGCUCCAUGCAAAAGACUGUCUGCUUGCCCCAAAGCAUGGAGACUGGCUGGAUUUCCAAGACCAGCGUUGAAGUCCUUGCUCCCUCUAGCACCGCUCCUGGCAAUCCGCCGCUGAUGCCUUUCUGUGUCUCGCCCAUGGAUGUCUCGGUCACCAUGCCCUUCCAAGCGGGAUCCCCCGUUGGGGUGGAUCUGCACAUGCUCCCUCCCAGUUUGUCUCUGCUGAACCCCGGCCCCUGCCUUCUGGCUCAGCCCUCUUUCCCAGACCCUGUGCUUCUCCCGGGGCAGAUGUCUCCGCAGGGCCAACCCCAGCAGUUCCAAGAAGGAAGAGGUUCCAGCAAAAAGCCCAAAGAAGAAGAGCGCGGCAAGAGCCAUAAGGUGCCUGGCGGCAAAGACGAAAAAGAUUCAACCCAAACCGGGCCCUCCUGCCUGACCUCCAAAGAAGCGCCUAGCCGGUCUGCUCAGCAAGUCCCAGAAACCCCCCAGCAGCCAAGCCACCUCCACCAGGCCAACGGCUCCCCUUCGGUGUCUCUGAGCAUUGGCCAGAUGGGCUCCAUCUCCCUUCCCAGUUAGUCUUCUGAUUGGGAAGGAAAGGACAAGGCUGACCAUGCACCCAACUGCAUCUGCAGAGAUCUUUGAGAGGAAAGGGGAGAUUAAGGUCCCACUCUGGGCCAGGAGCCUUUGAAAAGGAGAGAUGGCUUCCAUUACUCCAGGUUGCAGCCUUGGCAUGGUUUUCAUUCUACCUGCAACUGAAUUAUUGCAAUUGCUGGUACCUUUCGUUGGUGUAAUGCACCAAGUCCAGAUAAUUUAACACGGUCGAUUCAUUUUUAACUAGUUAUGUGCCCGACGGAAGGCAGAGUUUGUUUUGACUUGAGCCAUUGUUACAUUUUAGACAACAGCAAGUUUACUUUUGGUAACCAAGUUUGUUUGCAUUCCUUUUUGAAAAGGAUAUUUUCCCUUGUUUUCUCAAAUCAUAGAGAUACGAUUUAUAAGCAAAAACAGGUUUAGGACACACUGAGAAUUUGAUCCACUUACGGGAUGUUGCAUAUUAUUGAUUCGGGAGAUGUGUGUUCAAUU